AUGUCGCAACUUAUCGUCUUUGUCAUGGAACGCCUGAGCAGAGGGGAUCUCUUCGACACUAUGGUUUCAGGUCCAUUACCCGAAGACACCAUCAGAUACUUCAUAGCGGAAAUGAUCCGCGCUCUGCGGUUCCUGCAUUCUAAGGAGAUCGUCCACAGAGACAUCAAGCCUAAAAAUAUCCUCUUGAGUGAUGACGGCCACAUCAAAAUCACGGGUUUUAGCUUGUCAGUUGCUGGAGUCACAGAGUCAAAGAGGACCAAAGGACAAGUCGGGAGUCUAGCGUUCAUGGCGCCAGAGGUCCAUCAAGAUUUACCAUACUUCGGCAUGGUCGACUAUUUUGCACUGGGAGUAAUAGUAUAUGUGAUGGCGUUCGGCUGGCAUCCAUUUCUUAGAGGCAGAGAGUCCACCAUAAAAAUAAUAGUGAAAGUGACCACCAGGAAACCGCGUUUUCCAGAAGGCGUGAACCCUACCCUCCGUGGCAUCAUAGAGAUCUUACUAUGUAAAAACCAAGAUGAUCGGAUGAUGCUAGCACGUGGCAUCCGAGGACACCCCUUCUUACGGAAUGUGGACUGGAAGGAGACAAAGCAAGGGAAUUCACCGCCACCAUUUCCAUCAGGAAAUGUUCCUGAGGAAGAUCUGAGUGCAGGAAUGCCAGGGGAUAAAUUCCUUCAAUCUGAAGAACACCAUGAGUCGCCGAUAGAGCCAGAGGAGCAGAAGAAAUUCCAUGGCUUCACCUAUGAGAGUGAGCGUCUGAAGCUGCAGCCGGUGGACUCAUCACCACCAUUGGAGAGCCAGGAUCCUCACCGUAGGGCCUCAUCACCACCAUCGGAGAGCCAGGAUCCUCACAGUAGGGCCUCAUCACCACCAUCGGAGAGCCAGGACCCUCACAGUAGGGCCUCAUCACCACCAUCGGAGAGCCAGGAUCCUCACCGUAUGGCCUCAUCACCACCAUCGGAGAGCCAGGAUCCUCACCGUAUGGCCUCAUCACCACCAUCGGAGAGCCAGGAUCCUCACCGUAGGGCCUCAUUACCACCAUUGGAGAGCCAGGAUCCUCACCGUAGUGCCUCAUCAUCACUAUUGGAGAGCCAGGGUCCUCACAGUAUGGCCUCAUCACCACCAUCGGAGAGCCAGGAUCCUCACAGUAGGGCCUCAUCACCACCAUCGGAGAGCCAGGGUCCUCACAGUAUGGCCUCAUCACCACCAUUGGAGAGCCAGGAUCCUCACAGUAUGGCCUCAUCACCACCAUUAGAGAGCCAGGAUCCUCACAGUAGGGCCUCAUCACCACAAUCGAAGAGCCAGGAUCCUCACCGUAGGGCCUCAUCAUCAUCAUCGGAGAGCAGGGAUCCUCACUGUACGGCCUCAUCAUCACCAUCGGAGAGCAAGGAUCCUCACCGUACGGCCUCAUCAUCACCAUCGGAGAGCCAGGAUCCUCACAGUAUGGCCUCAUCACCACCAUCGGAGAGCCAGGAUCCUCACCGUAGUGCCUCAUCACCACCAUCGGAGAGCCAGGAUCCUCACCAUAGGGCCUCAUCAUCACCAUUGGAGAGCCAGGAUCCUCACAGUAUGGCCUCAUCACCACAAUCGGAGAGCCAGGAUCCUCACUGUAGGGCCUCAUCACCACCAUCGGAGAGCCAGGGUCCUCACAGUAUGGCCUCAUCACCACCAUCGGAGAGCCAGGAUCCUCACAGUAUGGCCUCAUCACCACCAUUAGAGAGCCAGGAUCCUCACAGUAGGGCCUCAUCACCACAAUCGGAGAGCCAGGAUCCUCACCGUAGGGCCUCAUCAUCAUCAUCGGAGAGCAAUGAUCCUCACCAUACGGCCUCAUCACCACCACCAACGUACAGCUUCACCAUCGCCAUGGAAGAGCCAGGAUCCUUACAGUGGAGCCUCAUCACCUCCAUCGAAGAGCCAGAAUCCCCACAUUGGAGCCUCAUCAUCACCUUUGAAUAGGCAGGAUCAUCAAUGUGGAGCCUCAGAUCAUUAGACUCUGAAGGAUCUACAACCAUCUAAUGUGACAUUUAUUUUUCAGGAACAAACUUCAACUUUUUAAGGUCCCAAUGAUAUAGGUAGGAAGAUAAAUUUUAUUUUAACAUCUACGGAUGACAAGACAUAAAGUCAUUGUGACAACAACCAUUGACUUCCCUAUUACCAAGAUCUCCAGAGAAUGUGGUUGUGUCACAUAUCAGACCACCCAUCACAUGUGAUCUGAC